AUGCCAUCUGCGCCACUAGGUUUGCGACCGAAGCCGAAGUCUGCAACGAUCCAUACUCCCGAGUCACCUACUGCACAUACAAAAGUUCAUCACCCCUCGCCAGAAGAUUUCAACUGGUACUGGGAAAGCAUAGCUCCAACAUUUGCUCAAAAAAUACAAGCACACCACUUCUUCAAUAACAACGGUAAGAACGCAAAGCUUCUCCGCAGCGUACCGCAAUUCCGGCUCUUCCCGGAGUCGGAUGUGCCUGAGGUUGCAUUCGUUGGACGAAGUAACGUCGGCAAAAGCAGCUUACUCAACGCUGUUGUAAAUGCCGACAUCAAGUCUCUCCUGGCGCGCACAUCAUCGACCCCAGGGUUUACAAAGACGAUGAAUCUUUACGGUCUAGGCCCAGGAAACGGCGUUACAAUUAAGAAGCAGCCAGAUGGGAGGGAUAAGAUUGUCGGAAGAAGUGGAUUGACAAUUGUCGAUAUGCCCGGCUACGGCGAAGGUUCGCUCUCGCAGUGGGGCAUCGAGAUUAUGAAGUACAUUCAGAGUAGGAAACAACUUCGUCGCGUCUUCGUUCUUCUGGACGCCGAGCAUGGCAUCAAAGAUAAAGACCGCUCUCUCCUUGCCUCACUCCGUCUCGCUGGCGUUUCUCACCAGAUUAUCCUGUCGAAGUUGGAUAAACUGUACAUCCCAAAGGCCAAGGAAAUCAAGCGUCAUGAUGGAAAAGCAUUGAGUAAGUUGAAAUCCAGGGGAACGGUCGAGGGUCUGAGGAAAGGUAUGGAGAAUCUGAAAAAUGAGAUCCAACCCUCGGUCGGCGGAGGUGCGUUGGGAGAGAUUCUGGCGUGUAGUGCUGAGACGCUAGUCGAUGGGAAGAGGUUGGGCAUUGACCAUUUGAGAUAUGCUAUUUUGAAAGCUGUCGGGCUUGAGGCCAAUGUUCGAAAAUAA